ACUUCCCUGUUAACGGCACAGUGAGCGCGCAGCAGGGAACGCGCGCGCUCCUCCGCCGCGGAUCAAAGGGUGACAUGACUCGGCUUUGAUCGCUCUUCUUCACGAUACAUUCAUACAUUCCACAGACAUUUGAAGGAUGGAUUUGGACGUGGUGAACAUGUUCAUCAUAGCCGGAGGGACGCUGGCGAUCCCCAUCCUGGCUUUUGUUGCCUCCUUCCUGCUCUGGCCUGCAGCUCUCAUUAAAGUUUAUCACUGGUAUUGGCGCAGAAGGCUGGGAAUGCGGGUGGAUUAUUCCGAAUAUGAAGGCUAUCGCUUCUGUUACUCUCACAGAGGGACUCCAGGCACCCGUCCGUCCGUCCUCUUGUUACACGGCUUCUCCGCACACAAAGACAUGUGGCUCGGUGUGGUCAAGUUUCUUCCUAAAAAUAUGCACUUGGUGUGUGUUGACAUGCCGGGACAUGAGGGUACGACCCGCACCAGUGCUGUGGAUUACUCCAUCGAGGGCCAAGUCAAACGGAUACAUCAGUUUGUGAAGAGUAUCGGUUUGACCAGAAAGCCCUUCCACCUGAUCGGCACGUCCAUGGGAGGAAACGUGGCUGGAGUUUAUGCCUCCCGUCACCCGUCUGAUCUGUGCGGCGUCACGCUCAUCUGUCCAGCUGGUCUCCAGUAUCCCACUGAAAGUAAGUUUGUUCAGCGUUUGAGGGAACUGGAGCAAGCUCAGGACAGUGAGGGGAUCCCGCUGAUACCCUCCACACCAGAAGAGAUGGAGGAGAUGCUCAAACUGUGCUCAUACGUGCGCUUUAAGAUCCCUAAACAGAUUCUUCAAGGACUGGUGGACGUUCGUAUUCCUAACAAUGACUUCUACCGCGAGUGUUUCAUGGAGCUCGUCGGAGAGAAAUCCAGACACUCUUUACAUGAGAACAUGCAUCUCAUUUCAACUCCUCUUCAGGUUAUUUGGGGGAAAAAACGACCAGAUUCUGUGUAUUGUGUCCUCCAGGUGUUGGACGUGUCCGGGGCUUCAGUUCUGGCCAAAGCCAUCCCAGGAUCUCAGGUUCAUCUGCUGGACAACUGUGGUCAUUCAGUGGUGAUGGAGCGGCCCAGGAAAUCUGCUCAGCUCAUCAUGGACUUUAUCAUCGCACAACAGAACGCAGCGAUCAACAGCAACAAGAAACUGUCCUAGAACUGGACUUCAUAUGGCUUUAAUAUGUGGCUUGACGGUUAAAGAUCUCAGCUGCAAACCUAAAAGUUGCUGGUUUGAUCUCUCUCUUGAGAGAAGGAGAAGCAGAGUCCUGCUGUGUAACUGAUUACUCUUUAUUGUAAGUCAAUGCAGUUUGUGCACAGAAAGAUGCAUUGGAUCAAACAACAAUAUAUGAUUGGACUAUGGAAGCCUGUUUCUGCCUCUGAAUAAUAAAUAUAAAAAGGGAAUCGAGACUUUUUGUUGCAGGUUUCUAUUUCGCAAUUCUUUUUUCUUGCAAUUCUGUGUUUAUAUCUCUUGAUUCUGACAUAUUCUCUCAGAGAUGUGAGAUAUAAACUCACAAUUGUGCAUUAAAGAGUCCAAUUCUGAGACCAUUUUCUUGUAUUUGCAAGUUUAUAUCUUGCAUUUCUGACUUUAUUUCUCAGAAUUGUUAAUUUUUUUGCAGAAUUACGAAUUUAAAUCUCACUCAAUUCUGAUGUUAUUUCUCACAAUUGCAACUCUUAUUUCUCAAAAUUGUGAGUUUAUGUAACGCACUUAUGAGAAAAAAAGGGAGAAUUGUGAGAUAAAAAUGUGCAAUGACAUUUUUUAUUAUUAUUCAGUGGCAGAAUCUGGCUGCAAUAUUUAACAGCCUGUAAAUGAUCCGUAAAA